GCAGCUCACUUUCGGCCCAGCAGGAGGGCAGACGUCGUGUAGACAGUAGCAGCAGCCCGGCAGCAGUGAUGCCAAAGGCGCCCCCAGAAUGGCAGCCUCCUACAGACCCCUCAGGGCCGUCCGCUCCUCCAGAAUUCACACCUCCGCGUGAUCCAGGCACGGCCCCAAGGACAGUGCCCGAGUUUGAGCCACCGGAGCAGGUGCCACCUGGAAAGGGCGCCCCCACUCCUGGGCGGCCAGCGCGCCCAGAGGAGAUUCCUGACCCUGAGCGCGAUCCGCUGCGCACGCCCGAGCGGCGCAGGGAGACCAGGGAGCCAGACGAAGAGCCUGCAGAGGAGCCGGAACCAGAAGAGCAGGAUGCCAUGGCCGCAGUCGUAGCCUACGUAGAGCACUGCCAGGAGGUCUUAAGCAUAGAGGACGAGCGUGGUGGUGGCAUUGAGGUGGGCAUCGGGCAGAACAGCUGCCCUGCUGCCCUGCUCUACCAUCCCAUGGGGUACAGCGCUGUGGUGAACAUGCAUGGUGCCAAUGUGGUUUCCUGGAAGCGCCCUGACGGAUCCGACAUCCUCCACCUACGGCCAGACACCCCCAUGGAUGGCGCAUCACCCAUUCUGGGUGGUGUUCCUCUCAUUUUCCCGCAGUAUGGUCGAGCAUCUGGCAUUGCCGCCUAUGCCGGCGUGGGCAGCAGCAGUGUUCCCACCAAUGGGCUUCUUAACCGCAUGCACUGGUCCCUCAUUGGCACCGGCGUCACUGGCCUGGAUGCCCCAGACCCAGCGCCCACUGCUGUGUUUGCUACGGAGUCGGAUGAGUCUACCUACGCAAUAUGGCCCUUCCACUUCCAGGCCUUUUACACGGUCUCACUCAUGUGCACAGAUGAGAUUCUGCCAGACAAUCUCAAUCUGAAGCCCAUUACCAGAGGCAAGCGGGAGCCGACAGAGGAGGAGCUGGCAGCAGCUGCUGCUGCGCAAGCUGCAGCUGCCCCAAAGCGCGGACGUGGCCGUCCCAACAAAUGGAAGGCAUUGGGCGACAAGGGCAAUGCUGAAGAGGAGGAAGAAGAAGAGGAUGCUGAUGAGGACAUAGAGGAGGCAGAGGAAGCAUGGCCAGUGCAACUGCGAUGUGUCCUUGAGAUUGUCAAUACAGGUGACGAGCCCUUCACAUUUGAAGCAGCUGUUCAAAGCCACGUAGGCAUCGGCCAGAUGGCAUCUGCCGAAGCGCAGGGCCUAGCGGGGAAGAUGGUGCUCGACUGCGACAGCAAUCCUGACAAGCCCUGGCUGCACAUGUCCACGGAUGACAGCACAACAUUUGGCGAGAGACGCAUGGAUCGAGUGUACAUAGACGCGGGCAACGAAAAGAGUGGGUCUGUCAUGAUUUACCCGGGAAACCACCGCUACCAUUUAGAGCUCAUCCACCGGGAGGGCUUCAGGGACUUGGGACUGUGGAACCCGCAUCAUGAUCUGCCAGACCCAUCCAUGUUCAACGACUUCAUCGCCUUCUCCAGCGGCGAAAUUGCCCGGCCUGUGAGACUGGAGCCAGAGGAGUCUUGGUCCGGAGAGAUGGUUCUGCGGCUGCAUGAAGAGAAGCCAGACGAACAUGUGCAGUGGGAGAAUAUGGGAGACUGGGAAUCUUGAGAUGCCUUAGAUGAUGAGCAGUCGUCUUGAAGAUGAUACUUGUAUACUUUCAUGAAGUGCUGACAAUCAAACAAAUUUUUCAAAGAUAAGAGGGGCCAAGUAAGAGGGGCCACCAUGAGGGCGCUUCAAUUGCGCUCCCGAGCAGUGAUUGCCAACUCCAAAUGAUUUGUAGCUCGAAACAGUAUGUGCCAGCAAGAUCUCUAGGGUGAACUUUGUAUUUAAUGGCACUACAAAUU